AUGCCUUUAGAACUCAAGGUCGUUGACUAUAUCAAGGAUUUUCAGGAGCUUAUUGAGUGUGAAUGGAUUUCUUAUGAGAAUCCCCAACAAUCCUUUUUUCGUUUAUUCUGCCCUAUUAUUGGAGCCGGUCCAACAGCUCGAGAAGAGUCUCUGAAAGAAUGCACUUCUCGUCAAUUACAGUGGCAUCAGUCGGAUCCUACUAGCUAUUGGCACAAAGUUAUCGACACAGAGUCUGGUAAAAUCGUUGGUGCUGCGUUGUGGAAAAUUUGUCCAACGAAUCCUUUCGAGCAUGAAGACGAUCAUUCCGAGGUAUCAUGGUACCCUAAAGGAGGUCAGAGAGACUUUGUUGCAGCAGCAUUGCAGCGUUUCGAUGCUCCUCGUGAGAGACUGGCCCCUAAGCCGCAGCUCUAUUUGAAUAUUAUUUUUACCCACCCGGAGUUCCGCCGCCAGGGAGUUGCAGAUAUGAUAAUGAAAUGGGGUAUUGAGAAGGCAAAGGAAAUGGGUGUUGAGAUUUGGCUCGAUGCAACAGUCUAUGGAGUCCCCCUUUACAAGAAGCAUGGGUUUGCAGUUGUAAAUGAAAACAAUUUGGUACCAGAGCCAAUUGAUGAACCGGACGAGGAGUGGACAAAGAUUGCAACAAGUCUAGGGCCCAUGACAAUGUGGCAGAUGGUCAGGAAAGUCGAUGAGCAGUAG